UUAAACAUAUCUUUGCUAAGAUACCUAUAUCAUAUACUAAAUAUAGUUAUUUCGUCAUUUGUAUAUCAUUUGGAUUAAAUGCGUCAGUGAAUUAAGUUGUAGUUUUUAUUUCUAAAAUAGUUAUAAUUAAUAUAUUUGAAAAUAAAAAAGAUGGCUCGGUCAAACUCAAGUGAGUGCCAGGCUCUUUUUGCACGUGGAAAUUAUACUGCUGUACAAGGAUUGGUGCCCUCUAUUGAGCUACAUGAGACAUUGUUAUUAGUUGUUGGAUUUGGAACAUUUGCUACUGUUGUUGCUUUUAUUUUUAGAUUCAUACGGAAGCAUGUUUAUAAAGACGAGAACACCCUAGAUACAGCUUUUGAUGCAGGAGGAAAAGUGAGUGUUGGACUUACUGCGACAACGAUUGUGUCACAAUGGACCUGGGCUGCAACACUUCUCUAUUCCUGUGUUGUUGCUAGCAAGUACGGGAUAAGUGGGCCAUUUUGGUAUGCCGCAGGAGCAACAAUACAGAUCCUCCUGUUUGCCAUGGUAUCUGUUCAACUAAAAAUUCGAGCCCCUGGCGCUAAAACAUUUCUGCAAGUGAUAAAAGCCCGGUACGGAGCAAACACGCACAAGGUUUUUGUGGUUUAUGCAUUAGUUACCAAUAUCAUUGUAACAGCUAAUUCAAUGACAGGUGGGUCAGCUGUUUUGUCUGGAUUAACAAAGGAUAUGGGAACGGAGUACGCCGCUAUGUUGAUGACGGCUGUUGUAGGGACAUACACGUGCAUAGGUGGACUGGGUGCCACAUUUUAUGUCUCAUUUUUCAACACAGCAAUGAUCAUGAUGAUGAUGUUGGUAUUUGUUAUACGUGUUUACGAUGACAGUGGGAAUGAUGAUAGUAAUCCGCUCGGUUCUGAAGAGAAAGUGUUUGAGUACUUGUCCUGUAGCGAAGGACCAGAGGGCAACGAAGAACGAAGCUAUCUGACGCUUGUUUCUAACUCUGGACUCAUGUUUGGACUUAUAAAUGUCGCUGGUUGUUUUGGGACAACAUAUGUAGAUCAGUCGUACUGGCAGAGUAGUGUUGCAGCAAAGCCUAGACAAGGAGUGUUGGGGUUUCUAGCCGGAGGCCUCGUUUGGUUCUCUAUACCUUUCGCACUAGCAACUACUAUGGGUCUUGCCUACACAGCACUCGGCACACAACAGGGUCAACCUUUGCUUGUUGAAAGUGAUGUUAAUACAGGAUUGGUUCUACCAGUGGUAGCACAGCGAAUGUUUGGUAAGGCUGGUGAAAUGAUGGUGUUAGUGAUGGUUCUAAUGGCUGUUGUAUCUACUGGCUCUGCCGAAGUUCUCGCUGCUACUUCAAUAGUUGUUUAUGAUAUUUAUCAGCUGUAUCUAAAGCCUUUCAGAAAGGUGCUAGACUCCAACAGUUGUAUUCUGUGUGGAAGAGGUCGUGGAAGAAAGGCGUGCCCACGUGACAAAUGUUCAUGUGAAAGUAUGUCCGUAUGUGCCGACUGUCAAAUGGAUAACAAGAAACGAAGUGAAUCUUCGAGAAUUCCUCCCCCUAUGUACACAUGUCGAGUUCAUGGAACCUAUCGCGAGUACACAGACUAUCUCUCACACAUGAAAAACUGGGGGUUGUUUUGGACAACCCUUUGUAUUUUACCACUUACCAUACUUCUUCACACCUUACAAAUCAAUCUUACCGCCGUUUACUUGUUCAUGGGUGUAACAAUCAACUCUGCAGUGGUCCCAAUUGUGUUGUCAAUGUUCUGGGAGCGUCUUACAGGAUUAGCAAUGAUUGCGGGAAGUAUAGGCGGAACAGUGUUAGCGCUGAUAACAUGGAUUAUUGUAACAGCUUCAUAUCCUGGAGGUCUGAAGGACUUCAAAGACAACGCUACAGAGGAAACUCCGAUGUUAUUUGGAAACUUGAUGUCAUUAAUAGCUGGUGCAGUUAUUUCCGUUUGUGUCAGUUUGUUGUCAGGAAGCAACAAAGAAGGCUCUGAGGUGUGGGAGAAAACAAGAGACAUAGACAAUCCGCUAAGUCCGUGGACUGAACUUUACGAGAAGGAUCUUAAUCUAACGGGUGCAUCUCGUUUGGACAAUAGGCCGCCACUUGAAGAGGUGCAAGUAGCCUUUAGGUUUGCAAAAAUGGUUGGAUUUAUUGGAUCAAUUUCAACAACGGUCGUAUUAAUAAUACUUUGGCCGUUAAUAAUGAUGUUUGGUGUAUCAGUUAUGGACUUCGAUUCAUUCUAUCAAUGGGUUGCGGUUUCAAAAGUGUGGGCCUUCCUUGCAGCAAUAUUUAUCAUUAUCGCCCCAUUCGUGAAUGAAAUUUAUGACAUAUACAAAGCAUUUUUAUCAAACAGACGCGUUCAUCCUGUCAGGCGGAGGGAUACAAAAGUUAAUGCGCACACGUCACAUACAAACGUUGAACAUGUCGGUAAUGAAACAAAUGCUGUCAAUGUUGAAGAAUCCAACAAUGAGAUUAACAAAGUAGAAGUAGACGAUAACGUCACCGUGGAAAAUGUACGCUUAUCUGGAGUGGAAAAACUUAGUAUUUAAUUACGGACUUGUGGCACUUAUUCAAAGAAAUCGUUUGAUAGAUCGAUUAAAACGUUUAAAUGAAUGUGUUAUCGAAUAAUUAUUUUGAUGGACAUAUUGCGUCUGUGGAGUUCGAGAAUGAAUACAUUUGAUGCAAUGUUAUCUGUACCUAUGUGCUGUAAAGAAACAGUUUAAAUUCGUAAUUCGAUGUUACGAAGCUUGUUCAUGCUAUUGCUGCUAGAAUCGGCAUUGUGAUUUUUGUUUAACAUUGAUUGUUAGCUUCAUACCUUUCAAAUAAACGUUUAAAAACUAUUUUCCGUUUUUAGAGGAACAACAACAGUUCUAGUGAAACGAGGUAACACGGUCAUUAUAUUCCAAGGUCCCUAAAGGGUUUAAAGUAUGUGUUCAUAUACUUUUUUACAUGUACCUAAGUCUUACGUGAUUUUUGUAGGAGAAGACAGGGUAUAUGGUGAAACAGAUACAUUCAAAUUAUGAAACUUUGAAAUCUUUUAAAAGUCUUUGUGGACUAAAUUAAGCACACCUAAAAAUAUGUAGCAAUUCAAAAUCUUUUCGUUUCAUGGCCGUAUUUUCUGCAAUGCCAUAUUCAAUAUACUGACCAUCACUCAUUGUUUCGAAGAAUACUUUUAUUUGAGUCACUAUUGCUUGAGCACUCAUUUGGUAUGAUUUAUUUGACCUUUUUUUAUCUGAAUAAUGUUGACAUGAUAAUGAGUCAUAUAAAUACAUACUAAUUCAUUAUUUGCAAUAAUUUUGAAUAAUCCGUUCAUUGUGAAAGAUGUCCUGUGAAUGUAAUUGCAUAUCAAGGAUAAGUCGAAGAAAAGUAAAAUGAUCUGAAACCAAUUUCUUGCAGUUUCGGAAGCUUUUGAACAUUUGAUGCAUUUGUUUUAUCUGAUUUUGCUUUAUAUUGUCUGUUUCACUCAUUUUCAUAUGAUUUUAUUUUUGAAAUAAAAUAUUGAUAU